AUGGCGACUGCCGAGUUUAAACUGUACGAAAAUAUAUUUAUCGAAACAAGUAUCCAAGCUUCUGACUACGAUGGUGUAAUUUUAAUUUUAUAUCCCGAAGAAAGUAACGUGCCAAAACCAAGACUUAUUGCAAGUUAUAUACAUAAAAUUACAAUCGUAGAUAAACAUGUUGAAAAAACACCAACUGUGUGGAAUUGUGAUUAUGUAACUGGUGGAAGACUUGUAAUUUCGCCAACUGGUAAAAUCACACCUUACAACGAUGUCGGAGUGGUGAAGGAAGCUGCAAGGAAAGGCGUUGAAAGGGCUUUAGACGCUGGUAUGAAAAAACCUUUAUUAAUUGUUCAGAAUGCUGUAGAUUUUCCUGACGGGCAGUUGGUGUGUAUACUCGGUGCUUUAGAAGCAUUGUACCAGCCUCUUCAAAUGAGAGAACGCAACAUUAGCAAGCAUUUUUUCAAAAUUGGCCUGCACGCUGAAGAGAAUGAAAGCGAAAGUUUUGAAAAGGUCGUCCGUAAUGCUAUUGCUCUUGAAAAUUCAAGAAUAUUGACAAGAGACAUUGCUGGCGGUGAUCCUGAACGCAUGAGUCCAGAAAACAUAGUCAGCUAUAUCAGAAAUGCGUUUUCUGGUAAUAAUUUCGUAACAAUCAACGUUAUUGAUGAUGAUAAAGUAAUUCAAGAAGAAUUUCCUCUGCUGGCUGCCGUGUCAAGAGCUGCAAACCAAAUUGACAGACAUAAGCCUAAAAUUGUCGAACUGCUUUACAAACCUUCAGAUUUGACACGAGUAACUGAAACAAUAAUGCUUGUAGGUAAAGGAGUAACAUAUGAUACCGGAGGCGCCAAUAUUAAGACUGGUGACUUCAUGACUGGAAUGUCAAGGGAUAAAAGCGGUGCUGCAGCCGUAGCUGGAUUUGUUAAAGCCUGUUCUUUAUUAAAACCAGUUCAUCUGAAAGUUGUUGGUGUCCUUUGCCUUUGUAGAAACUCCAUAGGUGAAGAUUCAUAUGUGCCUGAUGAGCUUAUAAUCUCUAAAAGUGGUAAAUCUGUGAGAGUUACCAACACAGAUGCAGAAGGAAGAUUUGCUAUGGCAGAUGCUUUGUUUAAAGUAUCAGAAAUUGCUAGUAAAGAGUUGAAUCCACAUAUUUACACUAUAGCAACUUUGACCGGCCAUGCGUAUAGAUCUUAUGGUAACUACACAGCUGCUAUGGACAACCAUAGUGCAAGAGCAACAAACCAUGCUAGCAGGAUACAAUUCAGUGGAUCAAGAGUUGGAGAGGGUGUUGAAGUAUCCAUAAUAAGACCUGAAGACCUCACAGUCAAUGAGGGCAAGAUCAAAGGAGACGACUUGGUACAAAUAGAUAUGAACACAAAAACGCGUCAUCACCAAUUAGCAGCUGGAUUUUUGAUCAAGGUUGCAAAUUUAGAAGACAAGAAUGUCAAGUAUACGCACCUGGAUAUUGCGGGAGCAGCUGGGAUUUUGCCUUUGACUGAUCCAACUGCUGUUCCUGUAUUGUCGCUGUGUCAUGUGCAUAAAGUUUUAUUGUAAUUACUUCUUUACAAUGUUUCAAAUGAGGAUAAAAGGCUUUAAGACCCAAAAGGUAGAUUUGCUAUAGUUGUUUUCCAAACCAAAUUGCUAUACAAAUGAUAAACGAGGUUACCUAGGUAGAGGUUACUUAGGUAACUUUAAGAAUGAAAAGCUUAAUGUAGGCAUAUGUUAUUUAAUCUUCUUUUCUUUAUAUAUUUAUGAGCGAAUUAUCGCUUGUUUCGAGGAGCUCAAAGGUUAGGUGCUUAGGGUUUUGUGUUUUGAUGGAUUUAUAUCUUUCUUAUAUUUUGCGUUAUCUUGACUGCAAUAGCGAGGCGUGAACAUUGUCGUUAGUAAAACCGGAGCAAUAAAAAAUCACCUGCCUUAAGAAAAAGUGGCGCCUUGGCAACACUUCAACACAACUUAUUAACACACAAGGUACCUAGUACACUUCUAGUACACUUCAUUUCACUGGUUAACUUAAUCAACACUUAAAUUUAGCACAAAAUGUAAUAUUUGAUAAUACAUGGAAUAUAUUAGGCAAGCCGAUGAAAAUCGAGUUAUAUGGACGCCUCGCCACUGCUUGGCAGAGACCUUAACAGGGUAAACUCUACCUCGUCUCUUGACUUGAGAAAUCAGAGACAAUAGAAUAGAAUAGAAUAGAAAACAUUUAUUCCUUAAGUAGACAACACAGUACACAUGCAUUUUGUAAUAAUAACAAUAAAAAUAGUACUAACUACAAAUAUAUAGAAGAGUACAACGCGUGUGUGCUGUGCUGCCAAGGAAACCGUGACCCACUCAGCUUAUUGUCGUCUCACUUAUGGUGCUACGAUGCUGAUUUUCAGCGGAUCCGGCAACAGAACACACGUGAUAUUGUUUUGUUUUAUUGAUAUUACAAUCUAAUAUUGUAUGUUAUUAGGCUUUAAUCCAGGAUUAUUUGUAAAGUGCUCUUGCAGAACUAUAUUACUAACACUUAUACAAUAACUUUUCUUUCGUGUCUUUCGUACAAAAAUAAUAAUAUUGAAACAGAUGUUUGUGAAUUAAACUGUGGUCUGUGCGGUAAAAACGAAAGCGAUAGCGUAGGGGUCAUCGGGCAGGACGCUUGCCCGUUAGAACUUACUAUCUUACUACCAAAUAUAUAAUUAUCUAAAAAUUAUCAGAUAGUACAACAAAACUGCUUCUGUGGCCGAAUGGUUUGAUUCUCAGGCCGAGAAAAAUAUUUGUCUGAUCUCCAUUUAUUUCUCUCGUGAAUUUGGGUGUCAUUUGUGGUUGCCCAUGUGUGUCCAUGGCACCCGUGACGCAUUGUAUGCUUAGUGUGGCGCUAUAUUUAUUUUAAUAAAUAUGGUAACGACUAUUAUGUACUAUGGUUUAUUACCAUGAUAUACAGUAACAAAUCUAGGAAAUUUAUUAUGCUUUCAAAAAAAUCACGGAACGAAAGCUAUUGAUAAUGAUGUUACUGAUAUAGUUUUACGAGGUUAGUAUUUUACCAAAUAACCCUGUCUGUAUAUUUGUUAUAUUGGUCAUGUUGUACUUGUGCCUGCUCGGUCUUUAGAGGGAGCGAUCCUAUUUAUUUCAUUCAAGCAAAUGAAGUAAUUUGGUGUUUUAAUUCCUUAAAUACCAUUAAUUCAGUGGAAUCUGGGAGUUGGAAAGGAAUAGGAACCGUCCGUUUUUUUAAUAAGAUCAAGAGCCAAACAAGUCGUGUGCCUGAUGGUGAACUACACGCCUGUCCAUAACAGUUACAGU